UUCCGUUCGCUAGCAUUAGUUCAUAGAGCCGCAGCCAUGGAGGAGGCAAAAAAGAAAGAGACAAAACAGACCGAAAAGACCGAUGAGAAGGACAAGGAGAAGGAGAAGGGAGCGCAGCCGGCGGGCAAGGAUAAGGACAAGAAAGAGGAACAAGAAUUGUCUGAGGAAGACAAGCAGUUACAAGAGGACCUGGAGAUGAUGGUGGAGAGACUGAGUGAGAAGAACACGGCGCUGUACCGCCAGGCAUUGGAGGAGCUGCGGAGGCAGAUUCGCUCCUCCACCACAUCCAUGACCUCGGUGCCGAAGCCGCUGAAGUUCCUGCGCCCGCACUAUGGCAAGCUGAAGGAGAUCUACGACGGCAUGACUCCAGGAGAGAACAAGCGUUUUUGUGCCGACGUGGUGUCGGUGCUGGCCAUGACCAUGAGCGGCGAGCGGGAGUGUUUGAAGUACCGCCUGCUGGGCUCGCAGGAGGAGCUGGCCUCAUGGGGACACGAAUAUGUCAGGCACCUUGCUGGUGAGGUGGCCAAAGAGUGGCAGGAGGUGGAGGAGAACGACAAGACCCAGCAGGAGACGCUGCUGAAGCUGGUGAAGGAGAUCGUGCCCUACAAUAUGGCCCACAACGCCGAGCACGAGGCCUGCGACCUGCUGAUGGAGAUCGAGAAGCUGGAGAUGCUGGAGGACUACAUCGACGAAAACGCCUACGGCAAAGUCUGCCUCUACCUCACCAGCUGCGUGAGCUACGUCCCUGAGCCUGAAAACUCAGCGCUGCUCAGAUGUGCCUUGAACAUCUUUAGGAAAUUCAACCGAUACCCAGAAGCCCUGCGCCUUGCUCUGAUGCUGAAUGACGUGGAGCUCGUAGAAAACAUCUUCACAUCCUGCAAAGACAUAGUCAUUCAGAAGCAGAUGGCCUUCAUGUUGGGGCGACAUGGCAUGUUCCUGGAGCUCAACGAGGACGUGGAGGACUACGAGGACCUCACAGAGAUCAUGUCCAAUGUGCAGCUCAACAGCAACUUCUUGGCCUUGGCCAGAGAGCUGGACAUCAUGGAGCCCAAAGUCCCCGACGACAUCUACAAAACCCACCUGGAGAACAACAGGUUCGGAGGCAGCGGCUCCCAGGUAGACUCCGCCCGGAUGAACCUGGCCUCCUCCUUCGUGAACGGCUUUGUGAACGCCGCCUUCGGACAGGAUAAGCUGCUCACAGACGACGGCAACAAGUGGCUUUACAAGAAUAAAGAUCAUGGUAUGCUGAGUGCUGCAGCCUCUUUGGGUAUGAUCCUGCUGUGGGACGUGGAUGGCGGUCUGACCCAGAUUGACAAAUACCUCUACUCCUCCGAAGACUACAUCAAGUCCGGCGCCCUCUUGGCCUGUGGCAUCGUGAAUUCGGGCGUGAGGAAUGAGUGUGACCCGGCUCUCGCCCUGCUCUCCGACUACGUCCUCCACAACAGCAACGUCAUGAGGAUAGGAGCCAUCUUUGGACUGGGUCUUGCCUAUGCCGGCUCCAACAGAGAGGAUGUCCUUUCUUUACUACUUCCUGUUAUGGGAGACUCCAAAUCCAGCAUGGAGGUGGUUGGCGUGACGGCGCUGGCCUGCGGUAUGAUCGCAGUCGGGUCCUGUAACGGUGACGUGACCUCCACCAUCGUCCAGACCAUCAUGGAGAAGAACGAACAGGAGCUGAAGGACACGUACGCCCGCUGGCUGCCUCUCGGCUUGGGACUGAACCACCUGGGUAAAGGAGAAGCGAUCGAGACGACGCUGGCGGCUCUACAGGUCGUCCCCGAGCCUUUCCGCAGCUUUGCAAACACACUGGUGGAUAUCUGCGCAUAUGCAGGUUCUGGGAAUGUGCUGAAGGUGCAGCAGCUGCUCCACAUCUGCAGCGAGCACUACGAGGCCAAGGAGAAGGAGAAGGAGGAGGACAAAGACAAGAAGGACAAGAAAGACAAAGACAAGAAGGAGACUCCUGCUGACAUGGGGUCACACCAGGGUGUUGCCGUUCUGGGGAUCGCCCUGAUAGCCAUGGGGGAGGAGAUUGGAUCUGAGAUGGCACUGCGCACGUUUGGACACCUGCUUCGUUAUGGCGAGCCCACCCUGAGGCGAGCCGUGCCUCUUGCCCUGGCUCUCAUUUCCGUGUCCAACCCUCGCCUCAACAUCCUGGACACUCUCAGCAAGUUCUCCCACGACGCCGACCCCGAGGUCUCGCACAACUCCAUCUUUGCCAUGGGCAUGGUGGGCAGUGGCACAAACAACGCCCGCCUGGCUGCCAUGCUGCGGCAGCUGGCGCAGUACCACGCCAAAGAUCCCAACAAUCUCUUCAUGGUCCGACUGGCUCAGGGUCUGACUCACCUGGGCAAAGGCACACUCACACUGUGUCCGUACCACAGUGACAGGCAGCUGAUGAGUCAGGUCGCCGUGGCCGGCCUGCUCACCGUGCUCGUUUCCUUCCUCGACGUCAAGAACAUUAUCCUUGGUAAAUCUCACUACAUCCUCUACGGCCUGGUAGCCGCCAUGCAGCCACGCAUGUUGGUCACAUUCGACGAGGAGCUGCGACCGCUGCCCGUAUCUGUGAGAGUGGGACAGGCGGUGGACGUGGUGGGCCAGGCUGGGAAGCCCAAAGCCAUCACAGGGUUCCAGACUCACACCACGCCGGUGCUGCUGGCUCACGGCGAGAGGGCGGAGCUGGCCACAGAGGAGUACCUCCCCGUCACCCCCAUCCUGGAGGGCUUCGUCAUCCUCCGCAAGAACCCCAACUACGAAACCUAG